AUGACUUCGUCUACCGCCAGCGUGCAGCGCAAGUCGUCUGCUGUUCGGACACCCAAGCCGCGCCCCAGACCAGCGCCAAAGGGGGCCCGAAAUGCGGCUGUACACGUCCCCGGAGAACCGCCGCCAAAGAAGCUGAAGUAUGUGCCCGGGGGUCCUGGAGGAGGUGGGCGGUACAUCGAGGUGGAUGAUAUAGACCCUCCGGUCCGCGCCUCCUCGCAGAUGCGGAAUAAGAACAGCACACCCAGGACCAGACCUUCUCGGGACUCCCACGCUGCCUCGCGCUUUCCUCCCGCAACUCCGCCAACAUCUUCACGUUCGAAUCGCCAGAGGAACCAGAGCCGGAGAUAUAGCUCUGCUGCGGCGGCGGUACUGGCGGUGGCGCAGGGCGAGGGAUACAUGCCUCGCGAGGAACGUGGUUGGGAGGAAUUUCAUCCCGAUCUCGAUAUCGAUGCCCAGAUUGCCGUGUUUAGCUCGAAGGAGGUUGACGGUUUGGUCAAUGACGAGAAUUCGUCCUCGAACGGAAUAAAUGGGAACGGCAGCGGAGAAAAUGGAGAUGCCAGCAGCACACCGAACGGAUGCCGCGGGCCAAGUCUUUCCCCCUCGAAACGUCGACUUGAUAGGCCUAGACGGACAGAUUCGGGGAAUAGUAUCAAUACACCAGAUGAGUCUAAAACAGUGUCGAUACCUGGGCCGAAUCCGCGGGAAAAACUUACACUUCCAAAACCGUCUUGGGUUAUAAAAGACCCGUUUUUACCAUUUGAACAAAAGGGCGUCGGACAGCAAAACUACGUUGACCGUACCAUGGCGAGUGUGGGCUACCAGGAAAGCGACGUUUUCCUCCGACACGAUAGACGAAUGAUCCGAUUGACGGAAGGCACGGCAGACGGUGAUGUCGAUCUAGAACCCCCGCCAUCUGCAGAGGGCGAUGCAGGCGUGGCCGCUCCAAAUGCUGGCGUGGGUAGAGUAGAGUACGAUAUGGAUGAACAGGACGCUAGGUGGCUGGAAGAAUAUAAUCUGCAACGGAAAGCCGAAGAGUUCGAGCCAAUUAAACCUGCUAUCUUUGAAAUUACAAUGACCAAAAUAGAGAAGGAAUGGCAUGCCCUGGAGAGACGGAUACCGAAACCAAACCCCAAACCCCCUCAGACACAACGACCACGCUCCAGUUCUGCAGUGGCAGUAAAUGGUGAGAAUCCAGGCUCGGGAGAGGAGCAAGAUAGCAAAUGUGCUAUAUGUGAUGACGGUGAUUGUGAGAACGCCAACGCCAUUGUCUUUUGUGAUGGCUGCGAUCUGGCUGUCCACCAGGAAUGCUAUGGAGUGCCCUACAUUCCCGAGGGUCAGUGGCUCUGUCGCAAGUGUCAGCUCAUUGGCCGAGGAUCACCAUCUUGUAUCUUUUGUCCCAAUACCGAAGGCGCCUUCAAACAGACAAAUACCUCCAAGUGGUCCCAUCUCCUUUGCGCAGUCUGGAUCCCAGAAGUAUCAAUCGGGAACCCAUCUCUAAUGGAGCCGGUUAUUGAAAUCGAAAAGGUUCCAAGGAGCCGUUGGAAACUUACAUGCUACAUCUGCCGCCAGAAGAUGGGCGCAUGCAUACAGUGCAGCAACAAGAACUGCUUUGUAGCAUUCCAUCCUACGUGUGGAAGACGGGCGCAUCUAUACUUGAGGAUGAAACUGACCCCUGGAGCUCCCGCGGUUAAGGAUUCAAACGAACUCAAGGCCUUCUGCGACAAGCACGUUCCUCCAGACUGGCAAACGGACCAUAACACUGCCUCUGCCACUGCACAAGCUUUGGAAUACUACCGUACUGCCAUGCAAGGGAAGAAAUGGGGAGAUAGUCAAGCUGCCGCGCUUGCAAUGGGACCAGAAGCCCAGGAGGGUGCGGACCCCAAUGAGACCGACGGUAGGCCUAUAACUCCUCGAAUUACAUUAACUGUCGGCAGCAACAAUAAGAGAAAACGCGCCAAUACACGAACAAUCUGGAAGUUACCCUCUGGAGCGCCUGUCAUACCGCGAGUCGUGCUUGACAGCGUCGUCGCUUCAUUGGCCCGAUUUACUGUUCGUCAAAGGAAGCAAUAUGCCGAGGACGCCUGUAAAUAUUGGACACUUAAACGGGAGGCUCGACGAGGUGCUGCGUUGUUGAAACGAUUGCAGCUUUCAUUGGAAACCUUCUCAUCCAUGGAAAUGACGAGACGGAAUUUCUCUGGAAUGGGUCGUGCGGGAACCGUCCGUUUGGAACGAAGGAUAGACUUCGCGGAACGGUUAUACCACGAUAUCGACAAAGUUCGAAUGCUAUGCGGCGAAGUUAAAAAGCGUGAAAAGGAGAAACUCAAGGAUGCAGAAACUCUUCAGAGUAUCAUUGAUAUAGUGUACUUUCCUAUACCACCAAUGCUCUGGCCUGUUUUCGAGAAAGCACAAGCAUUGGACGGAAAGGGAGUUUUCUUUAUUGGUUUCCAGUCUAUUCGGUCAAAACUAGAAGAUCGCUACUAUACAUCCGUUUCAGAAUUUUCUCGAGAUCUCGCGCAGGUUUUCACUUCAGGAAUCGGAGUCGCUUCUGUUGGAGACACGGCUGAACUACAGAUGCAGAUCAGUGGCCGUGCUCCCGAACUCAGUCAUGAACAGCGAGAGAAGCGAAAACUUGCCAAGAGAAUCAUCAAGGCCAUCCAGCCAUUAUUGGAGGAUGCAUUGAAAAGGGAAAGCGAAUUAAACGGCAAACCCUAUGAGAACGAGCUCAAGGGCCUAGAUCUCAUCCUUGAGAAUAGCGUUGGCUCUCGUAGGGGUUCCAUAAAUACUUCCUCAGGGGAAACCGUCAACACUGCUCUUCUUGCCGAGAUGGCCGCACAGCCGCUGCCUAAUGGAAUUGAAGUCGACAAUGAAAAGAAUCUACCGAAUUUAACGCCAGAGUCCAAGAGUGAAGUCGCCGAAAACCCAACAGACCUAGCCACCAACGAGAAACCUACUCUACCAACAAAUGGGAAUCCAGGGCUACGGGUGAGCGAUGAAGACGGGGAUGUAGAAAUGACACUUGAUACGCCUGCUUACCGGGAGAAUAACGGCGAGGGAGCUACGUUAUACAACGAGAACUCAGCUCCUCGAGCAGCUUCAAGUGAAGGUGAAACCGGCCAAACAACUACUGCCAAGACAGGGGACGAUCGACCACGGAUUCCGGGCGAUGAAGCCACGCCGCCUACGCCACCAGCAAGCUUCUCGGGAGGACAGCAACUGCUACCUUUAGCCCAGGGUGGUAUCCAGUGGUACAUGCAACCGUUCGAUCCGAUUGGCACCACCAUCCACGAGGAACGAUGGACCGGGAGGGAGCUGGUCCGAGGCAUGAGCGAAGAACUGAGUGAUAUAGGUGACGAGGAGCUCCGUGACCUGGCUGGAGACGAUGACGGCGUUGAAGGAGCAGCAGUGCAAAGUACAGGACAGGACCUGGCGUCCGCAGUCCUAGACGAGGCCUCAGGGCAAAAAACCCACAAAACACGCAAGCGUUGGCGAGGAUUUAAAUGA